AUGUGCUCUAAACCAGCCUCUGCGUCGUGGAUGUCGCAGUUGAACUACCCCAACGUGAUUAAAUAUCUGACCAUUGAGGACAACAAGCUCAACAUCGUACUGGAGCUGGCAGACACCGGCGACCUCUCCCAGAUGAUCAAGACAUCAAGCCGGCCAACGUGUCACAUCACUGCUACAGGAGAGGUAAAGCUGGGAGACCUGGGACUGGGACGCUUCUUCAGCUCCAUGACCACCGCCACACACUCCUUAGUGGGGACGCUGUACUACAUGUCUCUCGAGAGGAUCCACGAGGGUGGCUACAACUUUAAGUCAGACAUUUGGUCCCUGGGAUGUCUUCUCCAUGAGUUGCGAGACCUGGUCAGCAUGUGCAUCAGCCCUGACCAGCGCCCUGACAUCGUGUUUGUCCUGCAGAUAUCCAAACAGAUGCAGCUGUGGUCCUCCAGCACAAGCUCCAGGAUCCCUCCACUAAGCGCCUCAGUCCUCCGAGUGGACCCCCAUCCUGACGACUGAACCUCAGACCACCAGACCCACUGCCAACCUGCCUGGCUUGGUCUCACUGGGACCUGGUUGUUUAGUUCGUGUCUCAGCAAUCGAGAAACUGAUGAGACGAUGGAGACUUUGGCAUGUCUGGACUGAGCUGUUUUGCCAAUUUUUUUCUUUCUCUUCAAAUGACUUAGGCUUAAGUCUAUUGCUUUUGUCCUCAAUGGCCUGGGGAGUCGCUUUGACGGUGAUAAUGGGACAUUGUGUUUUUAGACUAUUGCUGUGAUUCUGGCAAAUGAAGGCAUCUUGUCUGGCCUCUUCACUAACGGGAGAGAGCUCUGUCUCAUGAUGAUGUCACAGAGGGUACUCCAAUCAGCUAGGCAGGCCUUUUUUGACUAGGCAGGGGUUGCAUUCCAAACCGAUCCCUUGUCUCUUUCAGGUAAACCAUAUGGAUUCACUCAAUUUUCCUGUGACAUGUAGAACCGAAAGCUUAGAUACAAAUAUAUAUUUUUUUGCUUUAUUGUUUUAGUACACACGUAUACCAUUGUUAAGAAAUCAUGCUUACUUUUUAUGUUGCUUUAAAUAACUCGGAUCUGUAUUUUGCAUAUCAUUGUGUAAUGUCAUUUGUAAUCCUAAGGAGGAAUUUGGUUGAGCAGGCUUUGUUUCAAAAUUAACCUUACCAUACAUGCAAAGCAUUUUGGAGUCAACGCUAGAUCCUCCCAGGUCACACCUCUAGUGAGUUCUCUGUGACAUCAUGAGAAGACGCUUGCUACCACAACCUAGGAAAGAGGCGCUGGUUUGAAAUGGACUUCAGGACUUGAUGAUACAAUGUCUUCCUUUUCAAGGACAUCAAAUGGCAUAACAUGCCACAUUUUUCCAGUGCUGAUUAGACACAAAAGUAUGUGGACACCCCUGCAAAUUAGUGGAUUCGGCUAUUUCAGCCACAACAAUUGCUGACAGGUGUAUAAAAUCGACCACACAGCCAUGUUAUCUCAAUAGAUUAUUGGCAGUAGAAUGGCCUUACUGAAGAGCUCAGUGACUUUCAAUGUAGCACUGUCAUAGGAUGCCACCUUUCCAACAAGUUAGUUCAUCAAAUUUCUCCCCUGCUAGAGCACACUGCCAAGUGUCGGCUGGAGUGGUGUAAAGUUCGCCACCAUUGGACUCUGUAGCAGUGGAAACGCGUUCCCUGGAGUGACGAAUCACGCUUCACCAUCUGGAAAUCCAACGGACAAAUCUGAGUUUGGGGGAUGCCAGGAGAACGCUACCUGCCCAAAUGCAUAGUGCCAACUGUAAAGUUUGGUGGAUGAGGAAUAAUGGUCUGGGGCUGUUUUUCAUGGUUAGGACUAGGCCCCUUAGUUCCAGUGAAGAGAAAUCUUAACACUACAGCAUACAAUGACAUUCUAGACGAUUCUGUGCUUCCAACUUUGUGGCAACAGUUUGGGGAAGGCCCUUUCCUGUUUCAGCAUGACAAUGCCCCCGUGCACAAAGUGAGGUCCAUACAGAAAGGGUUUAUCAAGAUCAGUGUGGAAGAACUUGACUGGCCUGAACAGAGCCCUGACCUUAACCCCAUCGAACACCUUUGGGAUGAAUUGGAACUCCGACUGCGAGCCAGGCCUAAUCGCCCAACAUCAGUGCCCAACUUCACGAAUGCUCUUGCGGCUGAAUGGAAGCAAGUCCCUGCAGCAAUGACCCAACAUCUAGUGGAAAGCCUUCCCAGAAAAGCUGAGGCUGUUAUUGCAAAGGGGGGACGAACUCCAUAUUAUUGCCCGUGAUUUUGGAAUGAGAUGUUCGACAAACAGGUGUCCACAUACUUUUUAAGGCUCAUGGCCUGAGUUUUGUAAAACUUUAGAUUACAUUUUUCAAUUAUGGUUAUUUGCAGGUAACUGAUUGGGUGAUGGAUGUUUGUUUGUAUGUUGUUGCAAUGUCAUAGAGCUGGCACAAUUACCAUAUAAGUGACAGAUAUGGAUAAAGACCUGUCAUGAAAAUGAAAUAACCAUCAAAACCGGUUAAAAACAACAAAAAACUGUGAAACAAACAGCUGACUGAAGACAGGAUGGCCGGGCAUUCGUGCGCUUGAGUCCGUUUCUGCUCUAACAUGGACUCUAUAUAACGUGAUUAAACUUUGUUGCUCCUUGCUGAAACAAGCAGUGUUGUAGCAAAUGGUUGCCUAGACAACAUCCCCCUCCCUUCAGCAGCAGCACAUGAGGUCUGGG